UUUGAACUGACAAGCCACUGCAGCCAUGGCAGGAUCCCUGUUCUGCGAACCCAGUCACGGUAUGGGUAUGUACCACUCAGCUGCAGACUCGGGCUGCAUGCGAGCGGGAUAUGAUGUCGAUGGAGGGUCCAGACAAGCCUGCCUUGCCGUGGCUUCGUCCUGCGCCUUUCCUCAGGCCAUGAGGUUUGUUGUUGUUCGUCUGUGAUCCGACUCGAAUUCUAUUCUUUUGUGAACAAUCUUGGUGAGCCAGUGAGAGUGCAACAUUAGUACUAUACCAGCAACAAAACAGAACAGACCACUGUAGUCUACAACUAUUUUAUUCCUGCGGACCAAGCGAGUCGAGUCCUGUCGAGUCAUCUGUUUCCGACUACCAAAUAACGGACGACGCGACGUUACCUGUUCCGUCAGAUUCGUUCCAGAAUGUCUGACAACAACGAGAACAAAGAGACCAAGGACACCCAGGACACCCAGGAAAGUGGUGGUGCUCCUGAGCAGAAAGAAGGCGGUAAAGAAUCCUCAUCUUCGUCUUGGUACCAAAAACCCGAAGACCUAGGCAACGCCGCCGGCGACAAAGUCGAAGGCGUAUUGAGUCCCGUGGGCAAACAUGCCGGCCCCGUGUUGGAAACCGCAGGGAAACCGCUCGGUGGGGUCCUGGGACCUACGGUCGGCGGGGUCAUGAACUUUGGGAAAGGAUGGGGUGAACAGAUGGGUGUGGGUUUUGGAAAUCAUGAGGGUGGGCCGGCGAAGGCACAGGAGGCGGAAGAGAAGAGGAUGAAGGAGCCGUUUGGGGGAAAGGAGCAGAAUGCUGAGAAUCCGCUUGGUUUGUGAUGGACCUGAUGGAUGGUGUCGCGAGAGAAGGAUGGUAUGGUCGUUGACAUGGUCGCCAUUCAGCAUGGAUAUGCUAUGAAACAUCCACUCCAGGCUGCUUUGUGAAGUCUGAACGCGCCGUACCGCAACGCAAUUUAUUGUUUCCCAACCCAAUGUGCAAGGAGGGUUGCCAUCAUACUACUAGGAAGUCGAGUACUGGUCGCUGCGUACAAAAGGAUCGCGAUCGAGUCAGCUUUGGAGUUCCGACUAUAUACUACACCGACACGUAGUUAUGUUUGGUUGAUGUAAAGGAUGAUAAAGUGUAGUGCCAGGGUGUUUUCAUUAUUGAAACAGUCCGGAUCCCGAAGUCCAGACGAAACUAAAGGUAUUCUGGGACAUCUAUGCAGUACGAUGUUAGUAUACCUACUG